AUGCGAAAUUCCGCUGGUUACCUCUUUGGAAGUUACAGUGAUGGCCAGAUCACAGUAACGGAUUACAUUCCAUGCACUCAUGAGUUCGAGGGUGACAAAUUCCCUCAAUGGUGCCUUGAUGAAUUUAAAGCGCGCGUUGAUGUGAAGAAACAUUACAAUUCGGGUGUAGCAGUUAUUGGUUGGUAUGUGGCAGGUGCCCCAGAACCUGGUGGUGAGGCCGUGUUUAAGCGUUGGUGUGAAGCCCCAGGCGUUAUAUUCGCCCGUGGUGGAUUAAAAAGUCAGGCCCUCAUGCUUCUUGCUCGUAUGCCCUGCGAUGGCGACAUGACUCUGAAGUGGGAAGCGUAUAUUACCAAUAACUCUAUUCAAGAGGAGGUGCAUGUGUGCGAACGUAAGGCGCAGAAACUUAACGUUACCAUUGCAGCGGAGUCUCCGUCAAUGAAUGUGCUACUUGCAGAGAUAGCAUCCAAAGCUCUUUAUGGUGGUGGAACUCCCCACGCGACGAGCCGCAUCACAAGUCUCGAUUUGGUUGCACGUGGAGCUGAAAUGAUGGAAUUGGAGGGUAACAGUGGCAACAAUAAAAGGGAUAAUAACAGGCGAGACGGGGACCGCCCCGUGGAGGAGGCACUCAUGAGAGUUCAGAAUGGAAUGAUGCAGGAUAUCUCAAAUGCCGAGUCCGCAUUGGCAGGAGGAAAUAACAAUAAGGAGGGCAACCUUGAUUCUGCAGCUAUUGUUGAAAGCUACAAGCGCAUUUUGGAAGAAAAGGGAAAGCAAGGUGAACGCGGUGAUUUCAUUACGGAGAGCUAUACGGAUGCGUUAGCGAUAAAAUACCAAAUGUUUGUUCUCCGUCGUGUCCUAAAUGAUAUUGAGCGUAACAACAACCCUGAGAGUAGGGAGCGUCCGCAUCACGGAGGUGGUAUUCAGGGCAACCGACCCAACAGAGGAAAUAAUACCCGUUAA